GCGGGCGGGGGCGGACAGUACCGGACGUUGUCGGUCCUCGGGGCUCUCUACCUGGAGGGAAGGGAAGGAUGGAGGUGGCGAUGGAGAUGGAGGAGCAGCAGGCCGAUCAUCAAUCAAUGGGCGCCAUGAAUGAGUGUGCGAGCAGUGGAAGACAUCGAAGCGGAGGUUGUCCGAAUGGGGAGGGGGAUUCGGGUUCGAAUGGAUGAGUCGAUGAUGCGUACAAGUUGGCGCACCAUCGUCGAUCGUCGUCGACGUACAGAGAGAGAGAGAGAGAGAGAGAGAGAGCAUUAUUAUGAGACGAAAAGUUUCGAAGUUUCUGCAACGCAUCGAGAUGGAGCGCCCACCUCACGAAACAAUUAAUGCGUUCGUUCCGGCUCGCGGGUUCGGCCAUGCACGCCAUGCAGCGAAUCAAUCAUCCCAUCUCCUGAAAGCGAAUGCCGCUGCCGCUGCGGCAUCGUCGAUCGAUCGAUCGGCAGCAGCAGAUUAAGCAUCAAUUCGAUCAAUUUUAUCGAUUUAUCGAUAAAUCGAUCGAUUGAUUGAUUGCUCGUCUACUUUAUCCAUUCUGCCCUCCCUCCUUCCUUCACUCACCAGCGACCGGCCGGCCGGCCAGCCCUUCUCGUGAAACGCUCAAUCUAUUGCGGAUCAUGAGCGUGUGCGAUGGCUUUCGUCGCCACCAGGGCACAGCCAGCAGACGGGAAAGGGUCCGAGAAAUGAUCGCGUUGACUUGCAUCGCCUUUUCUCGGAAGCAGGGGCAAAGCGAUUUGCGGUGCAACCGAAGGAGAAGGUUUUUUUUAAUCCGUCGCACCGUUCGCAGCGUGGGCCAUGGACCGUGCCAUCGUCGUCGAUGAGCUCUCAGGAGGAGUGGAGCAGAGCCGUAUGGGACGAGGCGUGAGUGCUUUAAUCAUAUUGGGAUGUGGGAUGUGCUCGAAGUCCAAAACGAUUGCAAAAGCUUCGAUCGAUGCAAGGCAAGGCAAUGCUUCGAUCGCAAGGGACAUCGCGAGUUUUUGCGCCUUUCGAUUGCAAUGCCAUGCCGGCAGAUUGUGGACCACAUCGACGACUGCUGCGCGACUGUAGUGGCCAGACCGACUUGCCAUUAUUGCCCGAGCUCUUUCCGAUUCGGGCUCGUGGUCCACAGCUGCUGCUGGAAGGAGACCGUUGCUCGGGGGAGGAGGAGGAGCUUGAGAAAGCAAGCAAGCACAUAAAAACCAUACAAAACACGACGAUCGGCAAAUUGGCAAUCUGCCCCCGAGGAGUAAUGUACUACUACUACUGCUGCUGCUGCUGCUGCUGUGGAACAAUUACCGGAGUUAUGUGGGAAAUCCAUUUUGAACAGUGGCGAUGGAAUUUCAAUUCUGCCUGUGCACAGCACAGCACACCUCAGCGAUGGAUGGAUGGAUGCUCAGAGCGUGGGCCACCACACCAGGUCUGGAUGACGAGCUGAGCUGAGCCCCGUCUGGGCUAUGGAGGAGAUGUGAAGUACACUAUUCUCUCUGACUCACAGUACAGAAUCGUUGCGCAGAGCACCGAAAGAAGGAGAAAAAGAUUUCGCAGGUCGGGGCUUUUGCCAUCUGUCCAUUAUGGUCGUCUCGCCGGGUUGGAGAUCCAACUCUCCACAGUAACCGGGAUGCCAUCUUUUGGCCCUGGGAGAUAUAAAUGUGGACCUCACCAUGAAAGCUCUUUUGUGUGAAGAAGCAGAAGAAGCAGAAGAAGAAGAAGAAGAAGAUGAUGUGGAACACACUUCUCUGACUCCCAAAUCGCUAUAAAAUCGCACACUCACCAACGCAAAUAUAGCCCUCGCGUAAUCUUCCAGAUUUAUGCACUUCCAGGCUUUCCUUCUCUCCGGCCGCUGGGGCCCAUGAGUGAGCAGCCAGCACCAACUCCCCAGAUUUCCAUUGCUCACAUUCCUCGAGACACCAAGUGUGAGGACCACACUCCACACUCUCUUGCUGUCUAAUCCCCUCUUCUCUAGUACCAUUGCAUAGUCGCAUGCAUGAAGCACUCCCUCCCUCUCUCCCUCCCUCUUUGGACUUCGAUCACGACGACCAAUCCAGCUCCCUCCCUUUUGUACUCAUCGACUCAUUCAUAAAACGCUGCAGCCAUUGAUGAGAUUUUGAAUGUGUCGUUGUCACUCUCGGGGCCAACAGAAAGAAGUGAUUGAUCAGCAUCGCUGAUCGAACAGUACUCUGUACUGUUGGAUAAAGAAGGUGAAGGAAGUCGACACCGGCACCCUUUCUCCAUAGCGGAUACGAAAGUGGGUCCAUGGGAUCGAUCAUGACAUUAUAGCUUCAUGCUUGCUGCCACAACAUGAGCCUUCGGAGUUUGGUAGUUUCAGAAAUAUAUAUGUUAGUACAAAUAAAUCAAUAAAUCAUUAUGGCUUCAUGCUUGCUGCCAC